AUGGAAGCAUUUCUUGGAUCCUGGAAGCUCGACCACAGCGAUGGCUUCGACGAAAUAAUGGGCCGUCUAGGCGUCAAUUUCGUCACCCGUAAGGCCGGCAACACCAUGAAACCCACGAUGACAAUCACGAAGGAGGGUGAUCACUACAAGAUGGUGUCCUCCAGCACCUUCAAAACUACCGGUUUCGAGUUCAAGCUGGGCGAGCCCUUCACAGAGACCACACCAGACGGUCGAAAGGUGACCUCAACCAUAACUAUGGUUGGCAAUAUGAUGAAGCAAAUCCAAGUGGGUGAUAAAACCACAGAAAUCGAACGGAGGGUUGAGGGUGACCAUAUAAGGACGAUCGUGAAGGUGGAGGAGCUGACGUGCCAUAGGGACUACAAGAAAGUCUCAUCUGCGACCUUCUGUGUUCCUAUGUAUUUUUUUCCUGACAGAAUGGCAGCUAUUACAUUAAAUAUACCCGCUUUUAUUGCAUUUUGCGUGCUUUUUGUAACUACUUCGGGAGAACUAAACAGCAAGCAUUCGGCCUAUUUUGCGGAUUAUCCGCUCUGGGAAGCCUCAUAUCCACAUUUCGCUAGAGAGGGAAAAGGAAACAAAGUAGCUCUGAAACUGCAAUGGAGACCAGGAACGGAAUCAACAACAGAACCAUGCGAUCAUUUACGGUAUGGCUAA